AUGGGUUCCGAUGAGAAUUUCAAGUACGAAUUCGAUGUUUCCGGGGAGAACGAACGUCUAGCUAGGCAGCACCAGGCUGUUAAGCUUGGAAUGGGGAAAUUAGUAUUGGCCCCAAUGGACACCUCGCGUGAAGGCCUCAAAGUCCUCGACGCCGGCUACUGGCUGAAGGAGUUUGGUCCUUCUUUGCUUCAUCGUCAAACAUGUGAAUUGAUUGGGGCUGAUAUUACAGGUGAAAGGUUCCCAGACAAACCUGAAGGAUUGAAACUAGUUGUGCAAAACUCCGAGGGCCCCUUUCCUGAUUCAUGGAACCAGUCUUUUGAUCUUGUGCACCAACGCUUUACCCUUAGCGGGAUACAGAACUAUAGAAAGUGCGUAUUUGCGCUCCUCGGCUUGGUCAAGCCGGGUGGCUGGAUCCAGCUGGUAGAACCGGAAGACAUCUCUUCCGAGCCGAAUGGUCCCCAAAUGCAGUGCUUCGUGGAUUGGGUCAAACUUUUUGCGAUUAACUCAGGAUCGGACUUGGGAUUUCAGAAUGGGGGACUCGAAUCAGCGUUAAGGGAAGCUGGGCUUAUCCGUGUCGGAACUAUGGUGGCCCCUGUUUGUUUUGGCGCUGAAUGCCCAGAGCCCAAUAUGCGUGAGCAAACGGUGAAAGCAUGUUGUCAUACUGCUUCUCAAUUCCGGAAUUCCUACAAACGUCAUCACAACGGAUCCGAUGGAAUAAACCCCACCGAAGGUGAUUCAUACGUCCCUCGCUUAGCUGAUGAGCUGAGAGAGAGGGGGGGAUACACGGCUGUACGAGUUGUCUGGGCACAGCGCCCAUUCUGA